AUGGGCCGCACCAUACGCCCAGAGACUAACCAGACCCCGAGGAACUAUCCAGGCUCGUCCACUCCUGGACUCAUGGAUGGAUACCUCCAUAAACCGCAGACCCUGAGCCACGAGAUACAAGGCCCCAACGCGGCCGACAGGUCGGAUAGGGACCGACCCACGCUCGCGGAUAUUAGUGCCAACCUCAAAGCACUCGCCACAGCAAUGGUCACGAAAACGGACCUACAGACGCUGUCUGAGACCAUCCACGAGGCCAUCUGCACCGAAGUGGCGACACUGAAGACGGAGUUGGUCUCCCAGGGCAACUGCAUACAGGUGCUAGACUAA